GUUUACUAGAAUACGAUUUAUAAGUUACACACUUUACUUCCCUAAAAAAUGAAUUUGUUGGGGAUAAAUUUAUUCUACUCUAUCCUUUUAUUCAUAAGUCCGUUGACUGUUUAUUCUUAUAAUGUGAUACCAUAUAAUGAAACUGAACCUGGACUUGAAGUCUAUAAAGUAUUUUCUUAUAGAGAUGAAACAGCGGUUAUCCUUUUAAUUAAACCAAUAAAUGAAUCUUGUGUUGAACCACGAAUUGAUCUUCGCAUUUUACAUCCAAAUGGUACUAUUGAUAGUGCUAAAGUUGAUUAUCCGAUCCCAGAAUAUAAUUUUUGUCUUGGACCCAAUGGAUUUUAUUGGUUUGAUAUUACCCGUUCCCUUCCAAAAUUUCUACUUGUGCUUUAUGCAGAUAUCGUUUCAGCAAGUUAUUAUGUAUUAGUUAUUACUCGGACAGGAUAUGUUAUUAGCAAUACACCCGUGGCACCUAUCUCUAUAAUAAAUGGAAGUAUAUAUGCCGAUGGCUAUCUCAUGUCGCAUACAAGCGAAGAAUAUGGUUUUAUUUUUGCAAAUUAUGAAACUGAAACUGCUGUAAUGUGGAAGUACUACAAUAAACCGGACGAUAAAGGAAAUAUUAGUCUAAUAAAUGAAGGAAAACAUUAUCUGCAAAAUCCAUUUAAUUAUUAUUUCAUAUUUCCCGCACUUGAUGGAAAUUUUGGUAUUAUAAUUGCAAAUUCAACAGAUAUUAAUAUAAAACCAGAACCUAAUAAAUUCAUCAAUCCAUCUAAAUUUACGUCUAAGGUUUAUGUGUCUUUUAUUAAACCUGUUAUGAAUAGUGUAGAUGGCCCUUACUUAAUUUACCAAUCAACAAUACCUCAUUUUGAAGUGGAUUUCUUUUGUGAUACGGCUUUUACAGGGAUUGGUAAUAUGUGUAUUUUGACAUUCAACAGAGCAGAAGAUAAAAAUACGACCGAAUAUAUGACUGUGUUAUUUCAAACUUCGGGUUCUGUAUUUGAUAUGAGAAAGCUUUUUGUUGAUAAAGAAAUAAUAGGUGUUAAUAGUUUAUUUCAAGGAGGAUAUUUAAUAACUACACAUGAUGAUCAAAAUAAAACUAUUGAAGGAAUAAUACUUGAUGAUAAUGGAAAAUAUAAUGGCACUUGGAGUUAUCCACCAGAUUUAAAUGUAUCUAAUUCUUUUGGAACGGCAGCCUUUCGAAACGGGACACUGUUCUUAGUUACUUUCGAAAAUGAAAUGACUUGGAAAGUUAUAUCUACACCUUUACCUAAAUUCUUCUCGGAUGAUUAUGGAUACGAAAAUCCGAAUAUUAAAUCGACUUAUCCAUUAAUUAGCUCAAGUAUACCCUUAUCAAUCACAAACAUAAAUAUUACGUAUCAUUUGUCUGUAACGAUAUCAACCAACAACGUUUCAAUUUAUCAAUAUAAUAAUAAUGACGAUCUUCCUAUACUGCGUCAAUCUGUUUCAGGAGAUUCACUAUAUUUCUCGUAUAGUAGUUCUGAUAAAAAGACAAUAAACAUAAAAGUUUUGCAAAGUACAUUUAAUCAACCAAACUCAAAUUAUUAUAUUGUUGUUAAUGAUAACGUGGUCAGGGAUUGGACGUCAAAUAAUCCACUAAUAGGUGUUGAAAGAAAUCGUUGGAAAUUUAAUACAAGUAAGUAAGCAUAUUUUAAUAUCCGGAUAAAUUAUACUAGUUCUUUAUUAAUAUCAAUUACAAUUCCUUUUAUUUAGUAAAUAUCCAAGAUAAUUUUGCAGAGGAAUCAAUUGGAAGAUUUUCUUUAACGGA